AUGCCCGCUGCGACCGUCAACAACAUCGGCGCCGCGUCUCGAAAGCGCGGCCGCCGCAGAGAGGAAGUCGCCGCCGACUACGAUUCAGAUCAAGCAGAUGAGCUCGUACAUGUCCACCAGGCCAGCUCCGGGCUGCGCAGUGAGCCGCAGAGGAAACGCCCGCGUGUCUCGGAGCCGGCCAGCGCCCACAAGAGGGCUGCACAGCCCAGGACUGGGGCCAGAGCCGCCCGCGACCCUUCAGAUGCGUCGAGCGAGGAUGAGCAGGAUGUCCCGAUGGAAGACGCGGCAGACCGUCGCGAUGAACCGGCCGCUACGCAGUACGAGAUCAUGCGAGAUGCGGGAUUCAAGCACCUCGAGCACGCCGACGAGGAUGACCGGCGCGCCACGCAGAGGCUGCAACAGAAGAGCCUGGCUCGUCGGACCAACCGCCCCGGCGAUCUCAACCACGCCGCCGAGAAUGGCAUACUCGAAAGCAUCGAGUGCAUCAACUUCAUGUGCCACAAGAGGCUGCACGUCCCGCUUGGCCCGCUCCUCAACUUCAUUGUUGGUGAGAACGGCAGCGGCAAGAGCGCCGUCCUCACCGCCAUCACCCUCUGCCUGGGCGCCAAGGCCAGCUCCACCAACCGCGGCGGCAGCUUGAAGAAUUUCAUCAAGGAAGGAGCUGAAAGCUCUGCCCUGAUUGUCAAGAUCAAGAACCAGGGCCAUGACGCGUACCAGCGCGAUCUCUACGGCGACGUCAUCAUCGUCGAACGGCACUUCAACCGCAACGGUGGGAGCGGCUUCCGCCUCAAAUCCCAGAACGGCAAAUUAGUAUCCGACAAGAAAUCCGAGGUGGACCAGAUCGUCGAGUAUUACUGUCUCCAGGUCGACAACCCCUUAAACAUCCUUUCCCAGGACAACGCGCGCCAGUUCCUCAACCAGGCCUCUGCCAAGCAAAAAUACAAGUUCUUCCUCCAGGGCGUCCAACUGCAACAGCUUGAUGACGACUACCGCAUCAUUGAGGAGUACGCCACCUCAAACGAAAACAAGGAAGGCGAUCUCGAGAUCCGGCUGGAACACGCGCAAAAGGAGUACGACAAGUCAAAGAGGGAGUAUGAAAUCUUCUUGCAGGCUGAGGACAUGCGGAAACAGUGCCGGCUGCUCUCCCAAAAGGCAAUCUGGGCCCAGGUAGCCGAAGCCGAGCGCAAGACCGAGCGGAACGAGGAGGAUAUCUCCCAGGCCGAUGGGCAGAUCGCGGGCGCACAGCACGUGCUCACGCAGAGGACCCAGGAGCUAGAGGUCGUCGACGAGAAGCUGGCACAGGCUGAGGAAGCUCUGAGAGCCUCCAGGGAAGAUGGCGAGACUCUGAAAGCCAACUUUGAUAAGGCCCAACAGGACUAUGAAGAUGCCCAGAAGGAUCUGGUUAGAAUCCACAACAAUGAGCGUGACGCACGCUCUCAAGGACAGUCUGCAUUAGAAAGCAUCAACGAGUACGAGAAGAGGAUACAGGAGGAGGAGCAGAGGCUGCAGGACCUGAACGGGGAUGCACACGCUCGGAAGAUUGGAGAGCUAGAGGCAGCCCAGGCCAGGCAGCAAGAAGUUGAGACGGAGUCCGAGACUGCGAGAAAGAAGCUCCCCGAUAUCAAACAGGCCAUUUCGGACGCGGACAAGGAGUCCCAGACCAUCGACAAGUACAUUCACCAGAAACAGGACGAGAUCAGGGCGACGCAGAACAGGAUCAAGGAGCUGGAGCGAGGGCAGGGAUCGCUCUAUGAAGGGUAUGAACAAGCGGUGCCCAAUCUGCUCAGGAUGAUCGAGCACGAUGCCGGGUUUGAUCACAAGCCCGUCGGGCCCAUCGGCGCCCACGUCCAGGUCAAGAAGCCGGUCUGGUCACCGAUCUUGGAAAGGACAUUCGGAGAGACCCUGAACGGCUUCGUCGUCACGAGCAAGCGCGAUCAACAGCGGCUCCGAGACAUGAUGAAGAAGCUGGGCCUGAACAGGUGUCCCAUCUUUAUCGCCAACCCAAGGCCGAUCGACACCUCGAGGACGGAGCCUGACGAGAAUUUCGACACCAUUCUGCGUAUCCUCAAGAUCAACCACCCGCUAAUUCGAUCCCAACUCAUCAUCAACCAUCGGAUUGAGCAAACCUUGCUUGUCGAGACGAAGCUGGACGCCGAGCGCAUCAUGAUGGACAGCACUGGACCGCCACGCAACGUCGUUGCAUGCAUUCAUCUCUUUAAAGAGAAGGGUUUUGGGUGGGGGGUGCGUGUUAUGGCCAAUGCAAACAGGGUCACCUCUUCGCCAGUCCGCCCUCCCGACCGGAACCAGAAGCCUCGUCUCCGUAGUGACUCGCUCCAAGAGGUGUCCGUUCAAAAUGAGAGGAUGAAGCAUCUCGAGUUGGAGCUGAGUGAAGUCCGGCAGCAGAAGCAGCAGCAGCAGCAGAUCACGCAGCAGGCCCGGCGAGACUUGGACAAGGCCAAGAAGACUAUGGACUUGAACAAACAGAGGCUGCGGGAAAUCAAAGUGGAAAUCGAAGACAUCCAACGGGAACUCGACUCUUUUGAUGGGGCUGACGGGCGGCUUGAGGGCCUCCGCGAGGACCUGAAGAAGCAUCAGGAGGAUUACGACUUCCAUGGUGGCCAAUAUGGCGCCCUUACCCUGAGAAAGACAGAGCAGAACAAGCGGGUUGAAGAACUCAAGGCAGUCCUCAACACCGAGAGGAAGAGCUUGAAAGAGUUCGAGGCGAGAUUGAGGAAAGCCGAAGACAGAGUCAAGAGGUGCACCGACUCGCGCAGCAUCUCUGUGCAACAGAAGAACGAGGCUCAUGACAGCUUGCGGAUAGCGCAGAACGAGAAGGCGAGGCUUGAAGGCAAGCGAGCGAAACUGGAAGAGACAGUACGCGAGAUCACUGCAGCGGCAUCAGAAGCGUGUCCAGAGCGGGCCCACGUGGGGGAAGGGGAGACAUACGACGCCCUGCUGAUCAGCUACGAGUCUCUACGCAAGACCCUGAAAGAACGCGAGCGCAGGCGGGGCACGACCGAUGAGCAGGUGAUAGGUCGAGCGAACACUGCGAGGACAGAACUGGAGCAGCUCAAGGAGGAGAUCGAGCUGGUCAGAACGGCCAACAGGAACUUCAAGAAACUCCUCGAGAAUCGUCUGGAAAAGUGGAGGAUGUUUCAACGCUAUAUCUCUUCGAACUCCCGCGCCAACUUCAUGUUUCUUCUCAGCGAGCGUGACUUCAGGGGCAGGCUUAUUCUGGACCACUAUACCCACACUCUCGAGGUACAAGUCGAGCCCGAUAAGACCCGCAAGAAUGCUGCCGCUCGCAACACGAAGACCUUAUCCGGAGGCGAGAAAUCUUUCUCGUCAAUCUGCUUGCUGCUCGCGAUAUGGGAGGCCAUGGGCUCUCCGCUCCGGUGCCUGGACGAAUUCGACGUCUUCAUGGACAACGUCAACCGUGCAAUCAGCACAAACAUGCUGAUUUCCGCCGCGCGCAGCUCUAUCAGCCGACAGUACAUACUGAUCACGCCAAACGCCAUCGAGGGGCGGGCGAGCUUGGACAAGGACGUGAAGAUCACCAGGUUGACCGAUCCUCGCCAGAGGCGACUUGCAGACUUUUAG